GCAUCACCGCAGACAGGAAGUGAGGCGUGUUUUCGGUGCGACUGGAGUUUUUUUUUUUUAGUGUGUUUGAUGCGAAUGGGGAAAGUAGAGUUGUUUUUAAACCAUACAAUAACCAAAAAAUCUUUUCGUAUUGUGUUUUAAUCGGAUUACGGAGUCUAACGUCAGGAGGAUGCUAAGAGCUGAGCGAGGGGUAGAUUGACGUUUUGCGUGAAUGCUAUCAACAGUGGCACUGGUUUUCAUUCCAGAAUGUAAAUGCUUGAAUGCAUGUUUUUUAUGACGGCUCAUUUUUGAAGAAACACACCAAAGUUUUCAUCAGCCAGCGUUUUUGCUGGCAGAAAGUGAAACAUGCCCUUGCCGUUUGGACUGAAAUUAAAGAGAACUCGAAGGUAUACAGUAUCCAGUAAAAGUUGCCUCGUCACACGAAUUCAGCUCCUGAACAAUGAGUUUGUGGAGUUUACUUUGUCUGUAGAGAGCACAGGACAGGAGUGUUUGGAAGCAGUUGCACAGAGACUGGAAUUGAGAGAGGUGACAUAUUUCAGCUUGUGGUAUUUAAAUAAACAGAAUCAGCAAAGAUGGGUAGAUCUGGAAAAGCCUCUUAAAAAGCAGCUGGAUAAAUAUGGCCUGGAUGCCACUGUUUAUUUUGGUGUUCUUUUCUAUGUGCCAAGUGUCUCCCAGUUUCAGCAGGAGAUUACAAGAUAUCAGUAUUAUCUUCAAUUAAAAAAGGACAUCUUGGAAGGCAAAAUACCAUGUACAAUAGAGCAGGCAAUUCGGCUGGCAGGUUUAGCAGUCCAAGCGGAUUUUGGGGACUUUGAUCAAUAUGAAUCCCAAGACUUUCUCCAGAAAUUUGUUCUGCUUCCAAUUGAUUGGAUUCAGGAUGAAAGAAUGCUUGAAGAAACGACACAAAAAGUGGCUCUGCUGCAUCAGCAAUAUAGAGGUCUUCAGGCUCCAGAUGCAGAGUUGUUGUAUAUGCAAGAAGUUGAAAAAAUGGAAGGAUAUGGCCUGGAAUGUUAUCAGGCAAAGGACAGCCAAGGCAUGGAUCUAUUUAUUUGUGCAUGUUUGGAUGGUAUCUCUGUGAAGCACAAAAAUGGCAGACCUCCUGUGAUGUUUAGGUGGAAUGAUAUCGCCAACAUGUCACACAAUAAAUCCUUCUUUGCUCUGGAACUGGUCAAUAAAGAAGAAACUAUUCAGUUUCAGACAGAAGACAUGGAAACAGCUAAAUACAUUUGGAGAAUGUGCGUUGCUCGACAUAAAUUUUACAGAAUUAACAGCAGUAGUCUAGAGCCAUCUGAAGCUGCACCUUCUGAGGGCUCCCAGAAGUCUUUGCUUACUCUUUCUUUUCCUCGCUUUCCCAUACUUUCUCGUACUUCUCUUCCUAGCAAAGGGCAAACACAAACACCUGCAGUUAAUCCUGUAAGAAGAAGAUCAUCAACAAGAAUAUCACUGCCAAAACAACAGCCAUACAUGAUGACUCCACAUCAGCUGCAUUAUAAUGGACAUUAUACAGAACCUUAUACAUCUUCACAAGAUAACCUUUACAUGAACAGUCAAAAUGGAUAUUAUUAUCACUCUCAGACAAGCCUGGACAGAUCUCCUCAUGAGUACAAUGGCAGGAUUCGAAACGGAAGUGUUUAUAGUGCACAUAGUACAAACUCCCUCAAUAACCCUCAGCAUUUUAUGCAGCCUUCUCCUAUGUCUUCUAAUCCAAGUAUAACUGGGAGUGAUGUAAUGAGACCAGAUUAUAUCCCUUCCCACCGUCAUAGCGCUCUCAUCCCUCCAUCUUACCGUGCCACUCCAGACUAUGAAACGGUGAUGAGACAGAAGAACAGAGAAAUGAUGCAUGCUGAUAGACAAAGUCACUCAAUGAGGAACCUUAACAUAGGCAACUCUUAUGCUUACAGUCGUCCAGAUCCCUUAGUGUACAGCCAGCCAGAGAUCAGAGACCAUGCUCAGUUCAGCUCUCAAAAUGCGAAUCAGUAUCCUUUCCACCUGAAUUAUAGCUUCCAUAGUCAAACACCUUACCCCUACCCUGCAGACAGAAGACCUGUUGUGGGUGCAGUGAGUGUUCCAGAGCUGACCAAUGUUCAGCUUCAAUCCCAGGAGUACCCAGCAACAAAUAUAAUGCGGACGCAAGUUUACCGUCCACCCCCACCAUAUCCCUAUCCUCGACCAGCCAAUAGUACUCCUGAUCUUUCAAGACAUUUGUAUGUGAGCAGCAGUAACCCAGACUUAAUUACUCGACGUGUUCAUCAUUCAGUCCAGACCUUUCAGGAAGACAGUCUUCCAGUUGCACAUUCUCUUCAAGAAGUAAGUGAACCCCUAAUAACCACGCAUCAUGCACAGAAGAGAAAUAGUAUUGAAAUAGCUGGACUAACAUUUAGCUUCGAGAACAUGAGGGUUAAAGAGAGAACGAUGUCUACUUCUGCGGCAGAGGUUACUCCUUCCAUUUUCUUGGAGAGACCACAGCCAGAACCAAGCCAAAGCAAGGAAGACGUGAGAUAUGGCCACAAAAAGUCUCUUUCUGAUGCCACCAUGCUUGUUCACAGCAGUGAAGAGGAAGAAGAACUAGAGGAUGAAAAUGGUAGACACACACCACAAUCCCAAGAUGCCACAAACACUACAGAACAGCCUCUUGAUAUCUUCCCCCAACACCACAGUGAAUCUAUUCCAAACUAUUCUUCUCAUUCUGACCUCCGUAGUUACGAAUCACAAGCUGUUGCUCAGAUGUCUGUAAAUGGAAAGCACGCUAAUGAAGAUAACACAUUAGUAAUUGCCAGAGGACACAAAAAUGGCGAAGUCAUUUUAAUGCCAUCAGUUUCAGAGUUUGAGCCUGCUUAUGAGAGACUACGAGCAAAAAGGGAUUCUUCUAGAAAAAGACCAGUGUCUGAUGUGCCAUCAGGAAGAAGAAACCCUCUGGAAGGUCUGCCACCCAGUGGAGGAAUGAAAAGAGGAAGCCGAUCUGAUAUUAAGAAAAUUGGCCCUUUGAGAAUGGCUGCUUUAAAUGGAUUAUCUUUGUCAAAAUUGCCUUUACAUGAUGAAAGUAAGGAUGAGCCUGAAAAAGCAUCCAAUGACGAGAGGUGUAAGGUUCUGGAACAAAGAUUAGAAGAAGGAAUGGUGUUUACGGAGUAUGAGCAGAUUGCUAAGAGACGGACAAGUGUGGAAUGCACUGUUGCUCAGCUGCCAGAAAAUGCAGAAAGGAACCGGUUCCAGGAUGUUUUACCUUAUGAUGACACAAGGGUGGAGCUGGUGCCAACCAAAGAGAACAACACUGGUUACAUCAACGCGUCACAUAUAAAGGUAACUGUGGGAGGACAAGAGUGGAGCUAUAUAGCCACACAGGGACCACUCCAGAAUACAUGCCAGGAUUUCUGGCAGAUGGUGUGGGAGCAAAGUGUUGCUAUUAUAGCAAUGGUAACUGCAGAAGAGGAAGGUGGCAGAGAAAAGAGCUUCCGGUACUGGCCAAGGCUUGGAUCAAGACAUAACACAGUUACAUAUGGAAGGUUUAAAAUCACCACUCGAUUCAGAACUGAUUCUGGGUGCUAUGCUACUACUGGCUUGAAAAUUAAGCAUUUGCUAACUGGGCAAGAAAGGACAGUCUGGCAUCUUCAAUAUACAGACUGGCCAGAUCAUGGCUGCCCAGAUGAUUUCAAAGGAUUUUUAUCUUACUUGGAAGAAAUUCAGUCAGUACGGCGUCAUACGAAUGGCUCUGUUGAUCCAAAAAAUACUACUCUUCCUGUUUUGAUACAUUGCAGUGCUGGUGUGGGAAGAACGGGUGUAGUUAUUUUAUCUGAAGUUAUGAUUGCCUGUCUGGAACACAAUGAGAUGCUGGAUAUCCCCACUGUUCUGGUCAAGCUCAGGCAGCAGCGAAUGAUGAUGGUGCAGACAAUUGCACAAUAUACAUUUGUUUACAAAGUUCUUAUUCAGUUCUUGAAAAAUUCCCGGCUCAUUUAGAUUUGUUUCCAAUGGAAUAAAGGAGAAAACUGAAAUGCAUUUGUAGCAAAUCUUCACAAGAUGCAGAUGUGCAAUUUGUUAAACUAUAUCUCUUUUGCAAUGCAAUGCUUCCUUCUUAAGUGUCCAUACCAAAGUGUUCCACAGGGUAAUGGUGACAAACUCUUAUUCCAUUUAUGUCAUUCAUGAGUCUUAACUGCUUAAAGUGUUUAUAACUGAGCAGUUAAGCAAAGAUUGUUCAACAGGCUAAAAUGUAUUUUAUUUAUUAUUUAAAGAACAAUUUGGAAAUCUGUUAAAUAAAAUGCGUGAUGGGCAAAACAUGAAGUGUACCCAUAUAACCAGUCAAUGCUGUACAUCCAACAGCAGCUUAAAACGAUGUGUGAACUAAGAGAUCUUUUUACAGGGUCAAAACCUACCAGGAUACAAAGUAUUUUACUAGAUGAUAAACUUUCUGUUAUUAUAAUGUAUAUCUUAAAAUCUCAGUCUAUGUAUAUAUACCUAUUUCUUUUUCUGUAUUAUAUUUUGGGCAGUAUUAAACUUUUAUAAACUGGACUGAUCAAUUUAAAUCUAUGGCUUUUCUAGCACAUUUUGCUGUAGAUAAAAUGGUAAGUAUGCCACAUUUUUGUACAAUAUAUAAAAAAGACAUCUACAGACAAAUUCAGCAGGUCUAUAAUGUUAACCUCAAAUGGUAAAGAUUAUAUUAAAGUUACAGUUGGAAGGGAUCUUAGUUUGAGGAUGUAUUAUAUUCAGAGAAAUGUUAGAAUGUAGGCUUGCAGUGAAUUUAAAUAUAAAUGUUCAUCUGGCACAAGUAGACUCUUGGGUGCAGCAUAGCUUCUUUCCUUUUCUAUAUUUUAAAUAUUUCAGUAUUACAAAAUAAUUGAUCAUUGAAAGCUGAUUGUAUUUUAUUUUUGACUAUCUUGCACAAAUAAGCUGACCCUAAAAUGGCAACACUCUUUCUAUAAUAGAAUUAAAUUACAAUUGUGACACUUCUAAAGUGUGAUUCUGCUACAUUGUUUGGAUUUGAAAUUGCGCCUGUUGAAACAUUUUUAUAUGGUCAGAAUACAAUAAGGCAAGUAAGUAAGUGCACAUCAUUCUGUAGGAAGUAUGUGCACGCUUGUGAUUUGGGUGCAUACACCACAGAGCAAAGCGCAGUUCCGAUAUGUACUGUCCUCAGUACUGAGUGGUCUUGCUCUUGAUUCUACAGCUACCUGAAACCUAAUUUGAAUUGUUGGAGUAUAACUAGGCAGCUUAAUCCGAUGUACGUUUUACUAUGCACAUGUUUAGAACCACUGUUUCGGUCAGAAUUUUACUUUCAUUCUUUAUUUACCCAUUGAUGUGCAUCUCUGUGAUAGUCUGCUUCUAUUGCAGAAACACUAGUACAGGACGGCUUAAGGCACAUGUCAGGACAGUGGUAUUUUGUUCAGGUAUAAAGGGAUAUUAAAAAUGUAUAUGUAAAGAAGCAGGCUUUUUUUGUUGUUGAAAUUCAAAAUAAGUUUUAUGAACUGAGAAAGCUUAGAAAGAAUGCCAAUAAAGGGAAUCCCAUAACUCUUGCACUUUAUUAUAAUUUUUUUACAGAUAUAUUAAGCACUUUUUGGAGAAGCUGCUUUAUUUUAAUUUUAUUAUAUUUUUGUUAUCUGAACAAAUGACCCUACAAUAUUAGAAUACUUGGCCACCAGUUUUUAAAAAGAGAUUUUGUUUUGUACCAGGAGUCUACUUGUGUUUUCUUUUUUCUUUUUGAAAGGAAGGAAAUAUAUAUGAAUAUGUAUAGGAGGUAUUGUCAGUAAGUUUGACAUUUGACGUUUUUAAAUCAUGGGUGAAAUUUUACAUCACAAUUUCCAUGCAUUUGCUGUAACAUCUGUAGCAUUUCAGUCUCACACUUACAGUGAAACUGGCAAAAUCUGAUGUUGGCUCAGUGUUUAGAAGUGGACAUCUCCUGCUUAGUCCAUGCACUACACACACCUUCCUUUCAAACUCACUAAACAACUUCUGAACACAUUUGAGCAAUCAGAUUUUUAGGACUACAGACCAGUUAUACCAUUAUGUGUUACACAAAUGCACCAAUGGACUACAACCACAGAAUCGCUAUAUAUUGGUCAGUCGUAAAACUUAUUGACUGUAUCUCUUAUAUGUAUGUUCAGGUAGGGAUGUAUAUGUGUGUAUAAAGAGUGAGAAAAGUGAGAAGAUGUUUUAAGUGAUGGUACAUGUGGUUUGAAAGAUGACAAGAGGAUGGUUGAAGUAGGUUAAGUUUGAAAAUUACUGCAGAAAUUGGCCCAUUAUCUUUUUGGAAUAUUCUAUUAAUGAUCCAACUAAAAUGUUGAUAUAUAAUGUUGAUAUAUAAUGUUUCUUCCCAGAAUAUUACAAAAAAUGUGCCAUACAGCCACAUGGAACCAUUUGGCAUAGUAUGCAAUCAUUUAUCUUCUUCAGUCAUAGCUUUUGUUUCUUACUUGCACUAGCUUAUAAGUAUAUCGUGCCAGAGUUUUACACCCUGUAAUAAAUGUUGAUGCAAACAUUCGGUAUUACAAUGUUAGGGAAAAUUUGGACUAGUUACAUAAAAUAUGUUUAGAAACUUAUAUUUUAUUAUAAAAGGUUCUUCAGUUGUUCAGUGUUGUACAUUGUUUUAUACAAGAAUAGAUUUUGUAUAAAAGUGGAUACCUUGCUGUUAUAUAUUGUACAGUAAUUGAUUACUCAUGAAGGAAAUCGAUGCAUUUAAUGAAGGAUUUAGGUUUCAUGAAGGACAAUUAUUUGUAUGCUGUAUAAUACGCUUUUUUUGUGGGCUGCACUGAUUAAGCAAAUCAAAGUUCUGAGAAUUUACCCAUGCUUUGAGUGUUAAUAUAAAACUUUUUACAGGCUUUAUUGCUUUUUUUAAGACUGUAUAUGUCCAUUUAUUAGAAUGUUUCCAUUGUUUGUAUCAUUGAAACAACUUCUUCUGAUAUCUGCCUCAAGGAGUUUUAAGGUACAAUUCAAAUUUUAUGUAAAUUCCACUAUACUGAAUUAAUUAUUAAUAGAUUGAUUUUUGUUGUUUGCCUUACCAUAAAAAGACAAAUUGCAGACCUUUUUUUUUUUUUUAAAUUGUGCAUAGAUUUAGCCUCUCAUAUUGGACGUUUUAAGAAACUAAAUUAUAUUAAUGAAAAUGUAUGGAGUAAUACACCGCUUGUGAGGUGUUUUAUUAAUAAAAUAAAAAAUUGGUGUUAUUUUGGAAGUGAAAGAGACGUUUGCUACAACCUGGUGUUUUACAACAUUGAAAACACUGUAAUAUAGUUUUUCCAUUUAUUACAUGAUAAAAGAUGAUGCUUUCUUUUCCAAGCUAGUUUGUUAGUAUUUGGGGGGGAGGGUGUUAUGGGAUAUCUAGUAGAGAAGGGUCUUUAGAGCAAUGCCCUGGUCCUUUUAAAGAGUUACACUAAACAGGACAUAAUUCCCUUAAAAUUCCAUCUUUUUACAGUGUGUUUUAAUACUGUAAAAUAUGUUGAAUUGUAUGCAAAAUUCCUUUUGUGAACCAUUGAAUUGUUAAACGAUGUAAAAUUUGUAACUAUUAAGUGACAUAUAUUCUUAUGUACAGCAAGACUUGUGUAAAAGAAUAUUCCUAGUUUUAUUUUCUGCAAUAAAUGCAUAUUUGCAUUGCUUCCUUUUUUAUGACUUA